AUGGCCCUCCUACAAGAAGCCAUUCUGGCCGCGUUGGUUUUGACCGUCACGGCCGUCCUGCUUCCGAAGUUAACAGGUGCUCUUCUCGGUUUCAUCUUUCGGGGAGUGGGCUGGUUGAUCUGGCGACGAACACGGUCUCGCCGUGAAUAUGUGAUCGCGCGGGCGCGAUCCGAAGAAGAAGAAUUACGCGCACCACGACCAAAGGCUUCAACAACUUCGCUAUCGCGGAACGGUGCCGAAGACGAGGACUGGGAGAAGGUGGAUAGCUCAGGCCCGAGCGGGGUACAGACUGCCACAAGCAGUGAGAGCAGUAGUAAUUCUGGGGAGAAUAACAAGAGCUCGGAGGACUGGGAUGGGAUUAUUGGCUUCUUCCACCCCUUUUGCAAUGCUGGUGGAGGUGGCGAACGCGUCCUAUGGGAAGCAGUUCGUGCAACACAAAAGCGCUGGCCGAAGGCAAUCUGCGCUAUCUAUACCGGUGAUCAUGAAGUGAACAAAGCUGCUAUGCUGGAGCGGGUGGAGAACCGGUUCAACAUCCAACUACACGCCCCAACUGUAGUACUCUUGUACUUGACGACCCGCAAGUACGUCGUUAGUAGCUCAUACCCAUACAUGACGCUGCUGGGACAGUCGCUGGGGUCGCUGGCUGUUGCCUAUGAUGCCUUUACACUCCUCGUACCUGAUGUUUUUAUUGAUACCAUGGGCUAUGCCUUCACCCUUGCCAUGUGCAAGUGGCUGUUCCCUACAGUGCCGGUUGGUGCCUAUGUUCAUUAUCCAACGAUAUCAACCGACAUGCUUGCUUCUCUUGACGACAAGAGCGGAGUCCAGGGCAUUAAUUCCGGCGCAGGUAAAGGGUGGAAAGGCAUGAUCAAGCGCCACUACUGGGAACUAUUUGCCAAGCUCUACGGCUGGGUCGGCCGGCAAGUGGACGUGGUGAUGUGCAACUCAUCUUGGACAGCAGCGCACAUCCGCACGCUUUGGGGCACCAGCAAGAAAAGCAGUCCCAGCACCGGUGACGGCACCGCUUCAUCGCCCGCAGUAGUGUUCCCCCCAACAGCAGUUUCCGAACUGGAAUCAACAAUCGCUGUGGACGCCGAGAGCGAGAAGGCCCGCGAACCCGUCCUACUGUACAUUGCGCAGUUCCGACCCGAGAAGAACCACCCUCUAGUCCUGCGGUCCUUCGCCCGCUUCCUCCAAGAACGAGCUGCCAACCCAGCCUACGAAGGGCAACCCCAACCACGCCUCGUGCUCAUCGGAUCCGUCCGCCACUCCAGCCCCGAUGAAACCCACAUCUACAACCUGCGCCUCCUGGCCCACGAACUCCGCAUCCGCGACCAAACCACGUUCGUGUGCGACGCCAGUUGGCCCGCCAUGCUGUCCCACCUCGGUACUGCCUCCGUAGGCGUUAAUGCUAUGUGGAACGAGCACUUUGGCAUCUGCGUCGUCGAGUACCAGGCCGCUGGUCUCAUCUGUGUAACGCACGACUCAGGCGGUCCGCGCGAAGACAUUGUCGUUGACCUUGGGGAUGGAGCAACAGGUUUCCGCGCUGAGACUGAAGAGCAAUUUGCUGCUUCUUUUGAGGCCGCGCUUGCUUUGCCGGAAGCGGAGAAGGUCGCAAUGCGGCAGAGGGCGCGUCGCUCGGCGCUGCGCUUUACUGAGGAGGAGUUUUCGCGCAAGUGGCUUGAUCAGGUGCAGAAGCUUGUUGCAGCGGCGAAAUAG